AUGUUUGCUCUCCCUCACACCUCGUUCUCACCCCCAGGUUUGUUGUACUACGCCGGGCACGGCUACGAGAACUACGGCAACAGCUUCCUGGUGCCGGUGGACGCUCCGUGCCCGUACGGCUCCGGGAACUGCCUGUGCGUGCAGGACAUCCUGGGCAGGAUGCAGGCCAAGCACACGGGGCUCAACGUCUUCCUGCUCGACAUGUGCCGCAAAAGGAACGAAUACGACGACACAGUUCUCGUUUUGGACGCCCUGAAGGUCACAGCCAACAUUGUUUUUGGAUACGCCACGUGCCAAGGGGCAGAAGCUUUCGAGAUCCAGCAGUCGGGCUUGGCCAACGGCGUCUUCGUGAAGUUCCUGAAGGAGCGGCUGCUGGAGGACAAGAAGAUCACGGUGCUGCUGGAUGAGGUGGCAGAAGAUAUGGGCAGGUGCCCCCUGACCAGAGGCAGGCAGGCCCUGGAGAUCCACAGCAGCCUGUCGGAGAGGAGGGCCCUGAGCGACCCCGUGCAGCGAAGCUCGGCCUCGGCAGCGGCGCUGGCGCGGAACCUGCAGUGGGCAAAGGCGCACGAGCUCCCAGAGAGCACGUUCCUCGACUUCAGGUGCGGCGUGGGGAUCCAGCUGGGCUUCGCCGCCGAGUUCUCCAACGUGCUGAUCAUCUACACGCGGAUCGUCAGGAAACCCCCCGAGGUGGCCGCCUGCACAGCCCACGUCGCCGACUUCCCCCCCGACCUGGAUGUGGAUCCCAAACUGGCGAAUAAAGGAACUCCUGAGGAAACUGGGAGCUAUUUGGUGUCCAAGGAGCUUCCCAAACACUGCCUCUACACCAGGCUGAGCUCACUGCAGAAACUAAAGGAAAACCUGGUCUUCACUGUUUGCCUGCACUACGAGUACUCAGGAAUGGAAGAGCCCGUGGAGGAGAGGAAGGAGGUUAACCUGGGGAAGCCCCUCAUCGCUAAAUUAGGCCUCCAUCACGGCCUCAAACCCACCAACUGUCCCCACGCCUGUUAUCCUUUCCGGAAUCCCACGGAAUCCAGCCUUGGACAAGCAGCAAAAUACCACAUCCCCAAUCCCUGCCCACCGAUCUCCCGCCCGGCCGGCGUCGCGCCGCCGCGGGCGUGUUCCUGCCACGGCGAUUCCGGGAUGUCCGCUCCCGGGUGGGAAUUUUGGGACUGGUGCCCCGCCGUGGGAAACAGCAACGUGCCAGUGGAGAGCACUGAUGACACUGCUGAGCUGGGAUUGCUGCUCGCUGACAGCCUCAGCUGCUCUGAGCAGCGGUAG